AUGUUCCUUUUAUCCCAACAGCAACAGCCCGAGGACAAUGGCUUCAAAACAAGUUACUGGAUUGACGCCCUCUGCAUCAACCAAGUUGACAACGAUGAAAAGGCCAUUCAGGUCCCACUUAUGAGCAAAAUCUACACAAGUGCUACCAGGGUGUUCGUCUGGCUAGGCUUGCUACCCCGUCCGGGCGAAGGGCCGCAUAGGGAUUGUGGAUGCACGCUCAAGACCGUAGCCUGGCUGGGGAGCAUGUUCAGAGACCAGGUGAUGAAAAAGCGCGAGGGACCGCUACCAAGUGCUCUUGAGGGCCUUAGCGAGGAAGACCAGAGAAGGAGAGUUGCCCAGGGGUUUGUGUGGACUGUGCUCCAGUACAGCAUCACUCGGGACUAUGGACAGGAGAACGCCAAAGCUGGUGGGUUUGACUUUGAGCGCAUCUGGCAACUCUUCUGUGAGCGACCGUACUGGCGACGGCUAUGGAUCGUGCAGGAAGUGGUGCUGGCUCGCAAGGCGGUGGUGGCCUGUGGAAGUGGUGAGGGAGUGGUGGUGGACUGGGAUGAUGUUCGGGAUGCGCUGCAGUUGUUUGAGUGGAUGACCCUCUACUUGGACAUUGAUCCCGAGUAUCGGCGGGUGUAUGAGUUGCUUGGAGACAUCAUACCCAGUGUUAUGCAUCUAGAGGAGGCCACAAAUGCACACAGGCGCUCUCUCCGGCAAGGACAAGAUGGCAUGCGGCUCAUGGAGGUGCUGCUGUUUACCGACUUUGCCGAUGGAGAGGACAAGGCCAUCCAGGCGACUGAUCCUCGUGAUCGCAUCUAUGGAUUGCUUGGUCUCAUACGAGAGAGUGACAGUAAGAAGAUCCCGGUCGAUUACUCAGACAAGACAACGGUUAGCACGGUUCUCACGCACGUCGCCACAGCUUUGAUACAAGAAUAUGGCCCUGAUGUGUUGUGCUAUCAGCGGGAGACCGCUCGUUGGGUAGACGAGGGACUUCCCUCUUGGGUGCCUGACUGGACAGCACCUCGGAGACCGACCAUCGGCAGCGUCAACCUUGAUGGAGCUGGAGGUGUGCUCGACUUUAACGCCACAAAGGGAACAAAAUGGCCCUUGGACAACAUGUUGGAGACUGCAGUGAUUGGAGAGUCGAGACCCGCUCUCUUCUUGCCGGGAGCAGUGAUGUCAACUGUGAUCCGUGUUGGCUCAGAGUUCACUAGUUUCCAAGGACAGGAGAAUUACUUAGCCGAAUGCCGCGCAUGGCUGGAAGAGCUGCAGCAAUUGGCGAGUGAAAGUGAUGAAGUCGCAAAGGACAAUAUCUGGCGAGUUCCCAUGGCGGAUUUUGGCCUAGCGACCCGCGCAGAGACGGAGACCCCAGAGCGGUAUAUCCAUGGCUUUAAAGUCCUUCUGGGGAGAGUUGCGCCCCCUGCAGAAGCCCAAACAAGGGAAGAAACAAUGAGAAGCUGGAUGUUGGCGGAGUCUUGGGACUACCGUCGUGUUUGGAAGAUAUACGGAAGACGUGCAUUUGUCGAUGCGUCUGGCAGGCCUGGGCUGGCGCCCCGACAAACUUGUCCUGGAGAUACCAUUGCCCUUUUCAGGGGAGGGCAGGUUCCUGUGAUGCUGCGGGAAACAAAUGGUGGUGUGAGUGGUUAUUGGGUGCUUGGUACUUGUUAUGACCAUGCUUUGAUGGACGGGGAGGGCGUCGAGACGACACAGUGGGCUGAAGCCUUUUCAUCCGGCCAGCGAAUCAUGCUGAUGUGA